AUGAUUGAUAUCAACGUCAAUAACAUAUUUUUCAAAUCUUACUCGGUUGAUCCUAACUCUGGUCACGCAAUCUACGUCUUUGACUCGACUUAUUUGCCAGCACCUGAUGAAAUUGGCGAUAAGCAGGUUUACGAUUUACUCAUCAAUGCCCUCAUGGAUAGACUGGUGAUGAAACUGCCACAGGCACCAUAUUCGCUGGUGAUUUUUUCAUCUGGGUUUUCCCAACGCAAAAUAAGUUGGGUUUACGGUAUAAAGAUGUUUGCCAAGUUGCCUAAAGAAACUAAGUUUUAUUUACAAAAGAUUUUUAUUGUUCAUGAGUCAUUCUUUGUUCGCUCAGUUUACCAGGUAGUUUCAAAUGCCAUGAAUUUUAAUUUUCUGGACUCAAAAGAUAGUCAGCACGACUUUCCAAGUUUAGUUCAUGUCUUGGAUUUGACUUCUUUAUCCGAGCUAAUAGAUAUUACGCGACUCAGAAUAUCUUUGAACGUGUACCUGUAUGAUUACCAGAUACGUGAACAUAUAGACGUCCCAGAUGAAUAUUAUGAUCGAUUGACGCCUCUAGCGAUUAGACAAUAUAGACAGCUGGUAUUUGAUAAAAUCUUCAAAAAAUUGCAAAACGAUGCUUUGCUGUGUGAAUUAAUUUUUCAGAAGCCCGGAAACUAUAAAAAGGUCAAUAUAUUUUUGGACAUUAUCAAGAGAAACAACUACAUCGACUUAUCUCAAUGGGACAUUUAUUCGUUGGCCUCCGUGUGGUUGAAUUAUUUCAUCAAAAAUAAAGCUAAGCCUUUAAUCCCAAUUGAAUUAAUUCCUUUACCAAUCGUCGAUGACCUGAAGUUCACAAGUGAAACAUUCCACAAAAUUAUCAAAUUCAAUCAAUAUCAGGACCUUUUCAUGGUUAUAUUCCCUUUCUUCAAUAGGAUCAUAGCACAUGGGGAAGCGACGAGACACGAUUCAAGGACUUUGAGUAAAGCUUUAACUCCUGCGCUAUGUAAAGAAAAACUUUCUAUAAUGACCAAUGAUCGUUUGGCCAUUGGGUCAAGAUUCAUCAAAAACUUGUUGGACUUUUACCCUGAAAUUAUAAAGGGAACAUCACCAUUGUCAUCCGUAUCAUCGUCUUCCACCAUCCCUGUAUUACCUAAGCCAAGGAAAUCAUCACCAACCAGAUAUAGUGAAUUAGGCUGCUUAACCUUUCCUAGAAGUAGAAGUCCUAGCCCACAAAGGUCUUUUACAUCACCAACGUACACACCUGUCACAUUACAGGACACCCCAGUUUUGAAACCUAAAACAUUAAAUAGAAAUGUUUCGUCGCCAUUAUGUAACACUAAACCUUCACCUCCAACUAAGGUACUUCCGCGACCACAACUGUCACUAACACCCCGCUCUAAUACAAAUUUGACGUUGGCUUCCUCUUCUACAGACACGUUAUCCUCGUCAACCAAAACACCAUCAGCUGACUCACUUCCAUUGAGUAGCAGCAGUACUGACCUAACAAUCUCAGACACCAUUAAAGAAAUGGUUAAAGAUGAGCCGGUAAAGGAUAAAAGCUCUGUGGAAACUGAUAUAUUCGUACAACAGUUUGAAAGUUUAACUCUUGUUCAAAACGCGAAGAUCAAGAUAUUCGAUAAAGAAUUAUUGGAAAAGAAGAAGAAAAAUGAAACUACCUCGAAGACAGCAGAUAAAUUUUCUCAAAAGGGAUAUUCGGACAUUAAAGCAAGCAACAAGGUUAGCAGGCUAGCUGCACUGUACGAGGAACGUUUACAAGGUUUACAAGUAAUGAAUGAAAUGAAACGAAAUUGGUAA